AUCAUCUUAUUUUUCCAAGGAAAAUGAAACCAACAUUCUAUUUCUAUAUUUAAAAUGGAAUAAAGAAAGUCAAUUGUCAUGCAUGGACCUGGUAUUUUGGUCAUCCAAGUCAACAACUUGUAAUCUUGUAUUAUAUAUUUAUUUCUUUCUUUCUUUCUUUAUUUCUAGUUAAAAUUCAUAAAAUAGACACCUAGUACAAAUUAUGGCACUCUUUUAAAAAAAUAAAAAUCAAAAUCAAUACAAAUGAAUCUCUAUAAAUAGACAUGUAAAUAAACAUUAUUCUAUAGAGCAAAAGCAAUAUCUUAAUAUUCUUGACACUCAACAAUGGCUACUUCUCACCUUUUAUCAAUCUUCAUUCUUGCCCUAAUUUCCCUCUCUCCUAUUGGCCAAGCCAAGAGGGAUACACCAAGUGAACAAAAACCAUCACCAUUUGAGUUCAUCAAAACCCUACAAGGUUGUCACAAGGGUAACAAAACCAAAGAUAUCCACCACCUCAAAAACUACCUCCAUCAAUUUGGCUAUCUCCAAUACCCAAAUGAAACCCACGCCAACAACGACGAUUUCGACGAAACCUUAGAGUCCGCCAUCAAAACCUACCAGCGAAAUUACCAUAUUAACCCCACGGGCACAUUAGAUGCCACGACGGUAUCGAAAAUGACCACCCCUCGAUGUGGGGUCCCAGACAUCAUCAACGGUAGAAACACCAUGCAGAAGCAUGGGACAAAAGGACACGAAUCGAACUCGAGCAGCAAACAUAUUCAUACAGUAUCUCACUACUCUUUCUUUCGGGGAAACCCUAGAUGGCCACCUUCCAAAACCCAUCUAACUUACAGGUUUUUGCCCAACACCCCCGCGGCGGCAGUGGGCCCUGUUUCUCGGGCCUUUCAAAAAUGGGCCUCCUCCACCCAUUUCACCUUUUCGCUGGCCCAGAAUUCCGCCGAUCUGGUGAUAGGGUUUCACCGUGGGGAUCACGGGGAUGGAUUCCCGUUCGACGGCGGAACCCUAGCCCAUGCUUUUGCUCCGACCAAUGGGAGAUUCCAUUACGAUGCGGAUGAGCUGUGGUCCGUUGGGCCAGUCCAAGAUGCUUUCGACUUGGAAACGGUGGCGUUGCAUGAAAUCGGGCACCUUCUUGGGCUAGAUCAUAGCUCGGUCGAGGCUGCGAUUAUGUACCCUCGAAUUCCGUCUGGAAGGACCAAGGGUUUGAAUACAGAUGAUAUCCAGGGAAUCAGAGCUCUAUAUAACGUGUGAAAUAUUGCUUCAACAUGGCUUGGCGCACUACAACAAUUUGGGGUUUAUACGACCCUUUGUUUACCCGACGGUUUUAGAACCGUCGUAUAAACACGUAUUUAUGACGCUUUUGAAAAUAUUGUAGGCGCUAUAAAACCGUCGUAUAAAGGUGUAUUGUCGACGCUUUUUUAAGCAUUCCCAUCUAACGUUUCACCGUCAUAUAAAACUUAAUAAAAUAUUGUAUUUGCACUUCAAUUUUG